CGUUCACAACCUACUUAGGGUUUUUGCUGCUUGGGGCGGAGCCCGAGCGAGACGAGAGAGGAAGAGAGAGGGAGCGAGGAGCCGCCCGUCGGAGCAAGUCGACCCUGCCGCCGUCGCUCUGUAAUUCUCCGCCACCAUGGGUCGUAUGCACAGCCGCGGAAAGGGUAUCUCUUCUUCUGCCCUGCCAUACAAGAGGACACCGCCGAGCUGGCUCAAGAUCUCGUCUCAAGAUGUUGAGGAGAACAUCUGCAAAUUUGCUAAGAAGGGCUUGACUCCAUCUCAGAUUGGUGUCAUUCUUCGUGACUCCCAUGGUAUUGCACAGGUCAAGAGUGUGACUGGGAGUAAGAUCCUCAGGAUUCUGAAGGCUCAUGGCCUUGCACCUGAAAUCCCUGAGGACUUGUACCAUCUCAUCAAGAAGGCUGUUGCUAUUAGAAAGCACCUGGAGAGGAACCGUAAGGAUAAGGAUUCCAAGUUCAGGUUGAUCUUGGUUGAGAGCAGGAUUCAUCGGUUGGCUCGCUACUACAAGAGAACAAAGAAACUUGCACCUGUCUGGAAAUAUGAAGCAGCUACUGCAAAUGCUAUGGUAUCUUAAGGAGGGCCAUGUUCCAGGGGAAAGCAUUGUUCAAGUACUUAGUUAGGACAUGGGUGGUCUGUUGUUUCUCAGACAUAACACUGCAUCGGCCAAGUGAACAUUCUGUUUUCGUGUCCCAUCUACUUGUUCUUCUGUCUUUCAUUUGACCCAGACUCAGAGUUUUGUUUUCUGUUUUCGUGGUAAUCAUGCCUAACUAGUCUAUUUAUCAUUUUUUUUGUUGGCGAGGAGACAAAUGAUAUUUAGAAUUUAAUGGGUUAUCUUUUAGCUUGAACA